CCACUCGUCUGGCUCAUCAUCAUCAUCCUCCGCCGCGUUUUCAACCGGGGGAUUUUGUCUCUCUUCCUUGUUCGUCAUUGUUUGUUCUGUAGCUGCUCUUCGACCGGAGAGUUGCAGUUGCGAAGAGAAACUUCCGAGACCCGAACGUUGCACGGUUGAACCGUUCCUCCGCCAUGGCGACGACAACCCCCAAUCUGACCGGGAAAAAGGUCAACGUUCUUGUCUACUCCGGAAAUGGCACCACCGUCGAGUCCGUCCGCCAUUGCCUCUACUCCCUCCGCCGCCUGCUGGCCCCUCACUACGCCGUCAUCCCCGUCACCGCCGACAUGCUCCUCCACGAACCCUGGACCCUGACAUGUGCAUGUCUCGUCUUCCCCGGCGGUGCCGACAUGGGCUACUGUCGUGCCCUUAACGGUGCCGGAAACCGUCGCAUCGAACAAUUCGUCAAGCGCGGGGGCGCCUACCUCGGUUUUUGUGCGGGGGGUUACUACGGCUGCCGCCGGUGUGAGUUCGAGGUCGGCGAUAAAACGCUGCAGGUGAUCGGCGAGCGCGAGCUGGCCUUUUUCCCCGGCACCUGUCGCGGGGGUGCCUUCCCCGGAUUUGUCUACCACAGUGAGGCCGGCGCCCGCGCCGCCGAGGUGAAGGUGGCCAAGGACGCUUUGCGGGCGGGCGUGGUCCCGGAGCAGUUCCGGUGCUACUACAAUGGUGGCGGUGUGUUCGUUGGUGCGGCGCAGUAUGCGGACCGAGGCGUUGAGGUGCUGGCCAGCUAUUCUGAGGAGGUCAAUGUUGACCCCGGUGAGGGUGGCGCCGCGGCCGUGGUCUACUGUCGCGUGGGUGAAGGUGCCGCCAUUCUCACGAGUCCCCAUCCGGAGUUUGCAGCGGUGAACCUGGAUAAGAAAAACGGGGGUGCGGAGUAUGCCAGGGUCGUCGAUGCUCUGGCGGCCGAUGAUACCGGUCGCACUGACUUUCUGAAAGCGUGUCUAAUCAAAUUGGGUCUGCAAGUGAGCCAAACAACGACGACGGUGCCUUCACUCUCCUCGCUGCAUUUGUCAGCUCUGGAGCCUACCGAUACGGCCAACCUUGUGGCCUUGUGGGAUGAGCAUAUCACCAAGGAUGGUGAUAAGGAAGUUCUCAAGGAUGAGAAUGAUACGUUCCGCAUCGAGCGUCCUGGAACUUGGAACCUGGGUGAGUUGGAGGCCUCGCUUCCCGCCCUGUCGGAGACGCCGACGGCGACCCCGACGGAAGGUAUUGUGGAUUACAACGCGAUCGUCAAGCGACUGGUGAUCCAUGACGAUGUGCCAUCAUCUAAGCUGACACCCUACUUCAACCACCAUGCGUUUUAUUCGCACCUGCGCGAGUACCAGGGACAAUCCCGAGAGGGUGCCUCUGUAUUCGGCUCCAACCUGGUAUACGGGGAAGUGGUCACCAGUACGAAUACGAUUCUGGAAAAAAACCCGAAAUUGCUGCGCACACUGCCCACCGGCUUCACCGCCACGGCCACCACCCAGGUUGCUGGGCGGGGUCGGGGCUCCAAUGUCUGGGUAUCGCCUGCAGGGGCUUUAAUCUUCUCAACGGUGUUGCGGCACCCGAUGGAGAAGAUCCAAUCAGCCCCGGUGGUGUUCAUUCAGUACUUGGCUGCGAUGGCUGUGGUGCAGGGUAUCAAGCGGUACGACGAAGGCUACGACGCCAUGCCGGUCAAGAUGAAGUGGCCCAACGACGUGUACGCGCUUGACCCGGAGCACCCCGAGAAACAACAAUACUCGAAAAUUUGCGGAAUCCUGGUGAACUCGCACUACUGCGCCAACGAGUACAUCUCGGUGGUAGGAAUUGGGGUCAACGCAACCAACGCAUCCCCCACCACGUCGCUGACGGCAUUGGCGAAACGCUUUGUGGGCCCCAGAGCGGCCCCCAUCACGUUGGAGAAGCUGCUGGCACGGAUUCUGACGACCUUUGAGGAAUUGUACGGACGGUUCCUGCGGACAGGCUUCGACCGAGAAUUCGAGGACCAGUACUAUGCGGACUGGCUGCACAUGCACCAGGUUGUCACCCUGGAGGAGGCUGGAGGAGCGCGGGCUCGCAUCCAGGGCAUCACUCGAGAUUAUGGACUGUUGUUGGCGCAGGAGCUGGGCUGGGAUGACCGACCGACGGGUCGUGUGUGGCAGCUGCAGAGCGACAGCAACAGUUUCGAUUUCUUCCGGGGGUUAGUGCGGCGGAAGGUUUAG